UAACGGUCUCCGCAUACCAAAACAAACGGGCCUCAGUUUUCUGGUACGGCCCACUUCACCUGGAUUGCCUUUUGCCUUUAGCUUCAGAGAGUUUGACUCAACGCCCUCCAACAGUUCGACAAAUCGACUGAGCGAAACUCCACCACACCAACCAUGUUUCCGAAGCAACUCCGCACCGUUGGCACAGCCGCCGCCGUACUCCUCGGUGGAAUCCUCACCCUCAACCUGGCUUCCACCGCCACAAUCGGAGCUCUCCGGUUCGCCGCCGAAUCCAAACGGAGAAGGGUUGCGCUGCCCUGUGUGGUUUGCAGAGGGAAAGGGUUUUAUAUAUGCAAGCUUUGCAAAGGGAAUGCCACCAUUGAAUGGUCGCCGCUGCACGAUCCGAUUGCCAUCAACCCCUGCCUUUGCCCUACCUGUGAUGGAAAUAGGGUGCAACGCUGUCUCAACUGUCUAGGGAAGGGAUACAAUUGAGUAAUUGUAUAAUCAAUGGCAGAAUGGUUAUUUCUUUAGUUCUUAAUCAUGUAAUGUUACUCAACCUUAUGUUGUAACUUGUACGAGUGCAUCAAAAUAAAGUGAGUCUUACUUUU